GUCGAGCCUACACUGAUAACGAUAUACAUUUACAAUUAGAGUUCAGAUGGUUAAUUAUCGAUGUUUUUCUGCAAUUUGUAUGGGUCAGGAACAGGAAAAUACGAUGUUCUGAGUACGAUAAUCUGUUGAAUACUACACACAGUACACACAGACGGCGGUCAGCUGUUGCUCGUGCAGGCGGCGUGUCUCUUGUGUGUGUCGCUCGGCAGCCCGCAGCCUCCUCGCCCUCCGCCCUCCUCCGCGCCUCGCCAUGCUCGUCAAGGAGUUUAGAGUCAUCCUGCCCCUCACGGUGGAAGAGUACCAGGUGGCCCAGCUGUACAGUGUGGCCGAGGCAAGCAAGAAUGAGACUGGUGGAGGCGAGGGCAUUGAGGUGUUGAAAAAUGAACCCUUUGACAACCACCCUCUCCUCGGGGAUGAGUACAGCAAAGGGCAAUACACCUACAAAAUUUACCACCUGAAAAGCAAAGUGCCAUCCUUCAUCCGUCUACUAGCACCUGAGGGCUCCCUUGAGAUGCAUGAGGAGGCCUGGAACGCCUACCCUUAUUGCCGAACGGUCAUCUCGAACCCUGGGUACAUGAAGGAUAAUUUUUUCAUAACGAUAGAGACCCUGCACGCCCCGGACGAUGGCGUGUCCGAGAAUAAUCCAACGUACAUGAAGAAAAACUUUACUGUGUGUAUUGAAACGCUUCAUGCGCCAGACAUGGGAACUCAGGAAAAUGCUCACAAACUAAUGGGAGAGAAGCUCAAGCUGCGGGAAGUGGUAACUGUAGAUAUCUCCAAUGAUUCUGUCAAGUCUGCAGAUUAUAAGGAAGAGGAAGAUCCAACAAAAUUCAAAUCAGAAAAGACUGGACGAGGACCCUUAACAGGCCCCCAGUGGUGGAAGAAGUGUGAUCCUGUGAUGACUUGCUACAAACUAGUAACCUGUGAAUUCAAGUGGUUUGGCUUCCAAACCAGGAUAGAAAAGUUCAUCAUGGACACUGAGCGCAGACUUUUCACCAACUUCCACAGGCAAGUGUUCUGUUGGAUGGAUAGAUGGCACGGAAUGAACAUGGAUGACAUUAGACGUCUAGAAGAUGAAACAAAGGAGGAACUUGAUGAGCAACGUCAAAUCGGCACUGUACGAGGCACAACGGGUGAAUAAGAGACUGAUGUUCUUACUGUCAUUCUCUUUCUACUAAAUUUGUCAAGCUCUCUGUUCCAAGGGUAUUAGUUUUGAGACAUUCCCAUGAAGUCCUCUGUAUUUGUACACAUGCUCUUUGUAUUAAGCAUUUUCCAGUAUGUAUUGUCUUACAAAGGAAUGUAAUUGGUUAAAAUCUAGUAACUAAUUUAUUCACACCUGUAUGGGACCAGAUUAAGGACUUCCAGUGAAAUAUCUGUAUUUAAUAGUAGGUUGGUGGCUGAUUCCAUACAUACAUUACUCAUAUCCUACAUUCAUGGCUACCCUCAUAAUGUAAGUAUCCUGAUCAGUCAUUCAGCCAUGAUGGGUUGAGUGGACAUGCUUUGAAGUUGGAUGUAUCAGUUCUUGACAGUGAAUAUUAUCAAAAUCAAUUUUUAAGGUAUUUUAAAAGCAUUUCAUGAGUAUCUUGGCCUCCUGGUGAUUCUGCUGAUCCCUGAGCUUAGUGAGAGAGAGGCUCAUCUCAUGAGGUGGUGAUUUUAGUUCUAAUACUAAAUCAUUGGUAACAAUUAUUAGUGCAUACUUAUUUACAGUGUGCACAAAUUUGUACAAAAUAACACUGAAAUCAACACCUAAAAUUCCAGUUUAAUUAUAGUUAAGAAAUUAUUUAGAUAUUUUCAUAAAGAAUUCCUUGGAAGGAGAUGAUUAGAAAUAAGAAAACGAAUUAUAUUCCCUCCAUGCUGAGGGAUUGCCUUACAGUGGACUCUUGCCAUGCCAGGCUGUAUUUCCCUCAAGAGUGCAUAUACUGACCAAUUUAUAUGAUUUAAAAGUCAUCAAAUUUUUUUGAUGUGAUUUUCAUCAUGAAUCUGUCUCUAUUAAUAAAACAUUUAUAAAUCAUAAUCUCCAAAAUUAGUCCAUUAGAAGAAGCACAUGAUUCAUAAAACACUUUGAUGGUCAUUCUGUAAUAUGAGUAGAGAGAAUGAAAAGAGAAAACUAUGCAAUCUUAGGGUCUGAGGUCGAGCAAAUUAGCAUUGUCAGCUGAAUCGUGUUGCUAAAGGUUGUUUUAAUGCUUUAGUAUUCGGAUUAAGUUAUCAAUUUAUAUUGAAUAAUUUGUUUUAUUAUAGUGAUUAUUUUCUUGUUUUAUAAGAAGAUUGACCAAUAAGUAUAAUCAUUGUCAAAAUAAAAUUCAUCAACUACAUUAACAAAUUUUUCAUCUUACAAAAGUUUGUCUGAUUAAACUUCUGUGUUUCUAUAUGAAAUUCACAUGCACUUGAAUGAAUCACAAUUACCUUUACAAUUGGUUACUAAAUAAAAUAUACUAUAUUGAUUGAGUUA